CGCCGUGGUGCACUUCCCUAGUCCAGCGGUUUGCCGACCGACCCUCGCAAGCAUGGUCGUCACGGGGUCUGCACUCGGGCUGGUGCUGCCAUUAAUCCUUUGGGCCGACAGAAGUGCAGGUAUUGGUUUUCGCUUUGCUUCAUACAUCGAUAAUUACAUGGUGCUGCAGAAGGAGCCUGCAGGAGCAGUGAUCUGGGGCUUUGGUAUACCUGAAGCCAUGGUGACAGUGACCUUGUACCAAGGUCAAGAAACCAUUAUGAAGAAAGUGACCCAUGUGAAAGCACCCUCUAAUACUUGGAUGGUGGUACUGGAUCCUAUGAAGCCUGGUGGACCUUUUGAAUUGAUGGCACAACAGAAUUCUGGGACAAGAAAUAUUACCUCGAAAGUCCAUGAUAUCUUAUUUGGAGAUGUCUGGCUUUGCAGUGGGCAGAGUAAUAUGCAAAUGACUGUAUUACAGAUACUUAAUGCUACAAGGGAGCUGUCCAAUACUGCUGCGUAUGAGUCUGUUCGCAUCCUCUCUGUCUCACUCGUUCAGGCAGAGCAGGAGCUGGAGGACCUUGAUGCGGUGGACUUGUCAUGGUCUAAGCCCACCUCUGAAAACUUAGGCCAGGGAUAUUUCACGUACAUGUCGGCAGUGUGCUGGCUCUUUGGGCGUUACCUGUAUGACACUCUGCAAUAUCCCAUUGGACUGAUCUCCUCCAGCUGGGGUGGGACACCCAUUGAAGCCUGGUCAUCUGGAAGGUCCCUGAAAGCCUGUGGAGUCCUUACUCAAGGGUCCAUUCCUCAGGAUUCUGUAACUGGUCCCAGUGAGCACUCUGUUCUCUGGAAUGCCAUGAUCCAUCCGUUACAAAACAUGACUUUGAAAGGGGUAAUAUGGUACCAGGGGGAGUCUAAUAUGAAUUAUAACAGGGACCUGUACAAUUGUACGUUCCCUGCACUCAUUGAAGACUGGCGCCAAACCUUCCAUCAUGGCUCCCAGGGGCAGACAGAGCGUUUCUUCCCAUUUGGAUUUGUCCAGUUAUCUUCAUAUUUGCCUACGGAAAAAUCAGAUGAUGGAUUUCCUCUGAUCCGUUGGCAUCAAACAGCAGACUUUGGCUCUGUUCCUAACCGAAAGAUGCCCAAUACUUUCAUGGCUGUAGCUAUGGACCUCUGUGAUAGGAACUCACCUUUUGGCAGCAUCCACCCUCGAGAUAAACAGACGGUGGCCUAUAGGUUGCACUUGGGGGCUCGUGCUGUGGCUUAUGGUGAGAAGAAUUUGAUCUUUGAAGGACCGCUGCCUGAGAAGAUAGAAUUCUUGGCUCACAAGGGGCUGCUCAACCUCACUUAUUACCAGCAAGUCCAGGUGCAGAGGCAGGAUGACAAAAUAUUUGAGAUCUCAUGUUGCAGUGACCAUAAAUGCAAAUGGCUUCCAGUUCCCAUGAGCACUUUCUCCACCCAGACCGUGACCCUGGAUAUCAAUUCUUGUCAUGGCACUGUGGCUGCUCUUCGCUAUGCCUGGACCACAUGGCCCUGUGAAUAUAAGCAGUGUCCACUAUACCACCCCAGCAGUACUCUACCAGCUCCUCCCUUCAUUGCCUUUAUCUCAGAGCAGGUCCCUGGACAUUAGAACAGGUUGCCAAAUGAUCAGAUCUUAGAUAUAAGAGUGACCUUUAGAAUUUCGCAUUUAGACGUUUAAAUGAUGACAACUGUUGCUUUUAAAUGAGGAAAUUGAUAGCCUUGAACAGUUUCCAGCUAGCACACGGCUGUUUCUAUAUUCUGAGAUGAACCAUGGCUGGUGGGCAACUUGAAAUGCUUGUGUUUGUCUCCUUGUUAGUCUGAGCCUGUCUUGGGCUAAUUCUGAACUACAACCAAAUUGGACCUCAAUGUCAUUCACUUUCCUCGCAUAUUAUGGGGAGUGAAAUGUUUUAAUACUUUCCCCCCUUUUCAUCCAGAACUAUGGAAUCUCAGGGUUGGAAGAAAAUUUUAAAGGCCAUGUAGACCAGGUUUUGUGUUCUUUAUAAAACCUCUGACAAGUGAUUGACUCUUUCCGUGAGAAGUUUCCAUUCUAAACUUUCUAGAAGUUUUUCCUUAUGUGAUAGGAACUGAAAUUUUUCUCCAAACUUUACUAUUACAUCACAGUCUUUCAGAUAAUUGAAGACAGACCUAUUUGCAUUCUCUUUAAGCCCCAAAUAAUUCCGUUCCUUCAGUCUAAAUAAUGAUACUGUGAUGUUUAAAACAAACCAAGCAGACACAUGGGCAGUCAUACUAGAAAGUGCUAAGGGUAUGCCUUGAGGAAUGGAGAGAAACGGCUGGUGGUAGGAGCCCAGUGCAGGCACAUGGUGACAGUGACAGAAGGGGUAGGGGAAUCAGGCCUAGGACACAAGAAAGUAGAGCUAACUGAGGCAAAUGGGUCAUUAGAGUUAAACCUAAGUCUCAGGCUCUUUAAAGGUAAAAGGUUUAACUAAGGAUAAUCCACCAGGAAGAAAGAAGUUAGCCUGAAAGUAAAUCUACGUGAUAAUCUCACAGAAAAAUAAUGUAGAUGAGACAAAUAUUUAAGAGGGCUUUUGUGUGUACUAUUUUUUUUUUUUUUUUGGUGGUGCUGGGGAUUGAACCCAGGGCCUUGUGCUUGUGAGGCAAGCACUCUACCAAGUGAGCUAUCUCCCCAGCCCUUGUGUGUACUAUUAAGAAUCAUAAUGCAGCUUACUGGUUGGUUAAAAAUAGCUUAUAGCGCUUGAAAACCAUAUUGAUUAGAAGUUGGGAAUGAAAGUAUUAUGAUUACUGACAUGUAUCUUUUUAUAAUCAGUCAAAAUUGUGUUAAGAAUGGACUUAUAAAUUGUCCUUGAAGCAUGUAAAAGGAGUAAGAGUUAUCUAUGGGUAGCUUUCACCCAUUUAAUGUGAAAAAUGAAUACUACUAAAGCAAUAAGCACCAUUCUCUCCACAUUAGUCUCCCGAAGGGUUCUAGUAACAUCCCAAAGAGUAGGAAUAGUUUUGUCAGUGUCAAGAUUUUAUUUGGCAAAAAAAAAUUCUACAAAUUAUGCACUGCAAGGAAGUUUGGUUCCUCUGAGGAUUUCUUAGUGCAAAUUAACUCUUAAUGCUUAUACUUUGACCUCUAUGCAUCUGGCCCCACCACAAACCUAGUAACAGAGAGGCUCCCAAGAAGUCGUCAGGCUUCUGCCUGUCCCUCACCCAGCCCAGUGCACUGAUACCCAUGGCUAUUCUAAUUUGGAAGCAGCCUACAGCCAAGAACACUAAAACAAAGUUUCUUUAACACCCAAUCACCUAGUACACAAAGGGUAAAAAGUUUGGUUUAGGUAAUAUAUAUUAAUGAAGCCACAUGUAAGGGAAUUUUAGUGGUUGAAUAAUUUAAAACAUUCUGUAGAAAUUCAGUAUAUUUCCCCAAAUGAAAAGAACUUUUUACUGUUUGAAAAUGAAGUAAUCACCAUAGAAAAUUUGGACACUGAAGAAAAGCACACAGAAGUAAAACUUACUCCCCAGAUUAUCAUUAAGAGAGAAACACAAUAUUAUGGCAUUUGCAGAUAAAUGGACAGAAUUGGAGAAUAUAUCCUAAGUGAAAUAAGCCAAUCCCAAAAAACCAAAGGCCAAAUGUUUUCCCUGAUAAGUUGAUGAUGAUA